AUGUCAGAGCACUAUGCUUCUGGAUCGACGUCAGGAUAUGCGGCGCCGAGAAAUGUCAAGAAGUCCAAGAGUAUCAAGAGUGAAGAGGAGAUCAAUAUCCAAGGCCCGCUUGAGGUAGCUGGCUCCGUGCAAUCCGGCCGUGGCAUCAACUUCCAGGGCUGUAUCUCCGUCAGAGGUCCCAUCGAUGCCUAUGGCAACAUUACCACAAAUGGGGAGAUGAGUUGCCAGGGACAGAUCAAAGCAUACGGCAACAUCUUGAUCAACGGCUAUCUAGCCUCGAGCGACAAGAUCAUCGGAUAUGGAAAGCUGAGAGUAGAAGGUACCCUUGAGGGGGUAGACCUCGAGGUUUGGGGGAACUUGAUCAUCAUUGGCUUCCUGAAAUGUAGACGCCUGGUUCUAUAUGGUUCAUUAACCCUCAUUGGACCAGAUUCCACCUAUCUCGUUGAGGAAUCGGAAGAAAUUGCGGGGGCUAAGCUGAUGCGGGACACGGAGGCAGAUUGGGAUUUGUGA